AUGCAAUUUUUUAACAAGCUUUUCAAAACCUCCCCUAAGUCAAAGGGGAAAAAACCAGCCGAACGUAAGGUUCGGUUUUUACUUCCAGGGGAGUCAUCAGACUCACCUGUGUCGGUUCCUUCAGCAGCUACAGGGUCGGAUACCUUAUGUGAGGUAGAUGUAGGUGCUGAAGACGUAGAAGUAAAAAGACUGGCAAAAAAACAGUUUCCGCUGUUUAGACAAUUGUCAUGGUUUAAGAAAAAAGAAGAGAAGACAAAGGAUGGCUGCCGGCAUUCAUGCGUGCCAUCCCAACAACAACAACAACAACAUCAACAACAUCAACAACAUCAACAACAUCAACAACAACAUCAACAACAUCAACAACAACAACAACAACAACAACAACAUCAACAACAUCAACAACAUCAACAACAUCAACAACAACAACAUCAACAACAUCAACAACAUCAACAACAACAACAACAACAACAACAACAAUCGACGACAAAGAACACAGACGACACCAAUUUGUUUAAAUUUCGCAAGUUCAAGGCUACCGUCGAUUCAUACUGCGGUAGACUGUGCCAAGAGAUCCGAACUGCAGUUCACUUUACAGACAUCGAUUUCGUGAAUAGCAUUAAUCUCGGAAUUAAGGAACAUGCUGAAGGCGACUACAUCUCACUUGAUAAGAGGGUCCUCAUACUGCAGGUUACAAAAGAAGAAUUUGAUAAGGUGAUCUCAGCUCUCCCGGAGUUGCUUGAUAUGGACCUUAGAAACUCCCUUCUCUGUCCAGUGCUUCAAUUACUCGAAAUGAAGUUUAGGAACAAGGUAAAAUACUACAUCGCUACGCCAAACCUUGAGUAUGGAAUAGACUUGCAGGUGAGAUACGAAAUGCAGCCAAAUCGCGAGUACUUUACUCAAACUAAGCACUGCCUUAAUAAGGAGAAACUUGAAAAGUGUCUCGCUUUCCAAGAAAUCGAUGCUUGGACUCAAUGGCCGGGCGUUCAUGUUAGGGGCGAUUUCUCGUUUUUAGCUGCUAGGAAAAUAUAUAACUUUAAAUGGCUAAUUAACGCUACCUAUAAAGAUGAGGAUCUUCCAAGUGUUCGAUUUCAUAUUGGCAAUUGGUAUAGGGAGGAUCGAGUAGGAAAAAUUGGAUGUGACGCGAAAUCACAAGCGCGACUAAAAAAAAGUGCCCGCGUAUUUCGUGACUUUAUUAUUUUCAUAGUGGAGCCAAGAUAA